GAGAGAGAUACGAUGUCAUGUAUGCCCUUGUCCAAGGUGGCAUGCCGGUUUUUGAGGGUCGACGCCAUGAUUCAUUUGACAGCUGGGGCAACAUCGCUGAAUAAGCUGACAAGCUCACGCUUGGGUAUCCAACCCCCCCCCUCCCUGACUUUUCACCUUAUGCAUGGUACAUGAUGGAUGUAAGUCGACCACUCCCACCAAUCGUCCCCGCCGUUCGCCCAUCGGUGGAGAGGCCGCCCGGCCCCUACGUAACUGGUGGAAUUCGCUACGUCAACCUCUCUCCUGCCCCUGCCCCGUUCCAUCCGACGUUGCCCAGCGUUCAGUGAAUGGCGGUUCUCCAAAUUCUUUGACGAGUCAUAAGGCCUAUAGUCGCAGCAUGAACAUGGUAUUCCAGGCGCUGCUCGGGCGUUCGUUAUACCCUCGGGACGCCCUUCGUUGCCUGCUCCAUGUUCGUGCCAGACGACCAGCAUUCCCUUCAUGCGGCGUGAGACGGAUGUCCGCUCCAAGGUGUCGACUUACCUUCAAACCAGAGAGCUUCAGCCUUCCUAUAGAAACUCGUGUGUACCUUGUGCUAUGGCAAUCGUGCCUUUGGUCCCAACCGCAGUCCCCCAGUCCCGUUCUCACGUGCGCUCGAGAUCUCUUUACCCCGACUCGACGAAAUGGCCCGGCCGACCGACUGUCCCUCGUUAACAUUUCGCAGACCCAGCCCGGAGCAAUCUUCGUCCGAAGAGUAUUCGACCCGAACCGCCGGGUCUGCAUUUCGCCAACCCUGGGCUGUCUCUUGUCCCCCGACACAUGUCCAAAUGUUUUCAGGCCCGACUUCCCUCUCGUCUGCCCCCUUCCCGUUCCGGGGGGCCACAUGCCAAAGAAUCAGCGUGCUUCGUUCUCAUGCGACCCUUCGUGCAUCUGGCAUUUGCACAUGAACGCUCGCUGACGCUGGCAGGUUGGGUGGAGGUGGGGGGGAAGCAACCAGUGCCAGUGCCCAGCUUCGUCUCCCGCAUCGACAACCCCCUCAGAUGGGGGUUCUCUUACUGGCCAAUUACUCGUCAGCUGCCGG